AGCGCUCCAUUCAUAGGGCUGGGCCGGCGGUGAGGAAGGCAGGCAGGCAGGCAGCAGAAACACCAUCUCCGACGUACCGUGGAACCGAAACGAUGGUCUCGCGUUGAAUCUGCCAGGCCCCCCUUUAACCCGCGAAGUAUUCGCUGGCCGUUUUUUUUUUCUCUCUCCUUCCCCCCCUUAUCCCCCCCUCCACCCCUCCAUUGGAAAUACCCCGAAUUCAAACCGACACCUUCUCUUCAGGAAUGGAAGUCUAGCGUCUCUCGGCUGAAUGCUGGCGUUCCCAUCCUCGUUUUUUGCAACCUGCCGCGGAAAUAGACAGACUCCCUCGCCUCCCGUGCAUCCGCCGCCCCUGCUGCCGCAGAGCCGCCGCUCCAUUUGACGACUUUUUUAGCCCAGAGACCGUCGGCGGACUCGCCUGGCUCACACGGGGGCAUCUGGACACAUCGGGGCUGGUCUGCCGCCGCCGUCGUCGUCGUCGUUGGAGAAACGCGAAAACGUGCCUGUGUGUGCUUUCUGCUGCCUGUAUGAUGCCGACACAUUUGCGUUUCCGAAGAAGGUCAUUCCUUGGGCUUUUAUUCCUCUUUUCGCUCUCCACGUCGGUACUGUAUUUCAUCUACUCCGCCCCCGGAAUCGUGAACGAGUAUGUGUUCAUGGUCCAAGCCAGAGGCAUCCAGAUCAGAGAGAACGUGAAGAACAUAGGGGCUCAGGUUCUGGAGCAAGUUGUGCGAGGGGCCUACAGCAUCAAUAGCACGGAUUACUCCUAUGACUUCAACUUCAGCGAGAGCGAUGCUCCUCCCACCACAUACCUCCCCGAGGGUUUCACAUACCUCCCUUCGCAGGUCUGCCCCGAGCGGCUGCCGUCAAUGAAGGGCAGGUUGGAGGUGAACAUGAGUGAAAUAUCUCUGGAGGAGGUGGAGAGGUCCUUGCUGGAACGAGGGCCCCGGAUGGCCCUGGGGGGCUUCUGGAAGCCUGAGGACUGUUUACCCCGCUGGAAGGUGGCAAUCCUCGUUCCAUUCAGGAACCGUCACGAACACUUGCCCAUCCUACUGAGACACCUGGUGCCUGUGCUGCAGAAACAGAGACUCCAGUUUGCCUUUUAUGUCAUUGAGCAGGGAGGAACGGAACCAUUUAAUCGAGCCAUGUUGUUCAACGUGGGCUUCAAGGAGGCCAUGAAGGACAUGGACUGGGACUGUCUGAUCUUCCAUGACGUGGACCACCUCAUGGAGAACGACAGGAACUACUACGGCUGCACGGACAUGCCUCGGCAUUUUGCCGUCAAGUUAGACAAAUACUCCUACAUGCUUCCGUAUAAUGAGUUCUUCGGUGGUGUCAGUGGCCUGACGGUGAAGCAGUUCAAAAGAAUUAAUGGAUUUCCCAAUGCGUUCUGGGGCUGGGGAGGCGAGGACGAUGACCUCUGGAACAGAGUGCAGUUUGCCAAUUACAGUGUGAGCAGACCCUACGGAGACCUGGGACGCUACAUGUCCAUUCCGCAUCACCAUCGCGGAGAAGCCCAGUUCCUGGGAAGGUAUAGUCUACUACGUCAUUCAAAGGAGAGACAGAAAGUGGAUGGUCUUAAUAACCUAAACUACUCGCCCCUAAUUUCAAGAAGUCCCCUCUUCACCAACGUCACAGUCAGCUUGAGCAGAAAGCUUGCGCCCGUGGCUGACUACUGACCUAGGCAGAGCUGGACUGCAAAACACCUGGGAAUCAAAAAGUCCUCUGGGACAUCAGCCAUAUCUCACCAGUUGCAGCACUGCUUAGGACUUAUUAGUUUUUUUUGUUUAGUUUUUUUGUUCUUGUUUUUUUUUUGUUCUUGUUUUUUUGUUUUCUUUUGCUUUGUGUUUGUUUGUAUGCAAAAAAAAAAGAUGAAAUGGAGACUCAAAUUAGUAUGUUUGAUAAAUCGUCUAUAUAUAUAUAUA